AUGAAGUGGGACCCACUCCAGCUCGAGCUCGACCUCUCCAGACUCGACAUUCUGAAGCCUGAGCCAGAGCUCCUGCUUCACCUUCCCGCCAACGAUAUUCACGGUGGCAUCCUCUAUAAGGGCAUUAUCGUAAGAUUUCAGCCAUUUCCCGAUUUGCAUGUCCCCAAACAUGCCAGCAUCUCCGAACGCAAUUGCAGAAGUUAUCAUCGGCUGUAUGUCGAUCUCCGCCUCUCCCAUUAUGUCGUCAGCAGAAAACAUGUCUUUUAUCGAGCUAUAGUUUCCCGGUACAUCGAGCUUCAGUUCCUCGUUCCAGAUGGGAUUCAAGUUGCUGUUAACGACACU